AGCCAGGAUCCAAGAAGCUAGGACGAGGGCGGUCUAGGACAAGAGGAACGAGAAAAGAGAAUGGCGGAGUCGAAAGAGGCGGCGCUGGACCUUGCGGAGCUGCGAGCGCAGAUGCAGCUGGACCGAGCGAAACUGACGGACAGCAUCCUUGCCAAAUUCACCGCUUCGUCAUCGUCGUCGUCGGCUGCGAGCAGCGCCAAGGGCAAGGGCAAGGACAAGGGGUCGCCGAUCGGAGAGGGCGCAACGGCGGGAAGAAAGUUCCGGCCGGCGACGCUCGGUCUCGGUGCAGAGAUGAGAGCAGAGGAUGAGCGCAAGGGCGCAGCAACGAGGGAGGAUCGGAGGCUGGUGGGCUUGCUUAAAGGGAAGAAGAAGCCUAUGGCGGAAGGCGCUGGGACUGGGUCAAGGAGCAAAGCAGAGGAAAUCGACGACGAUGAAGAAGAAGCGGGAAGGGCGGCAGAGGUGGAGGCAGCUGCGGGCAGAAAGAGGAAGCAGGGUAUUGUGGAUCCCUUCGCCGUGGGAAACAAGAAGAAGAAGAAAGAGGUCCAAGGUGGCGCGGCCGUGAAGAGCAACAUGCCGGGAAAGGAGUCGCACUUGGAAUCAGAAGGGAUUGUCGAGGCUAAUGCCAAUGAAAGCACUAAUGGCGAAGUAGAAACGGAAGGGCUGUCGAAGGCCCAGAGGAAGAAACUUAACAAGAGGAGGCGGCUGGAGGAGGAGCAGGCAAAGGCUAGACUUGCUCCCGAAGGAGACCUAGGAGCGGCAAGGGAGGCCACGGAGGAACCAGCAAGAACCUCGCCACCGCCACAACCGACAAGCAAUCAGAUGGAUGCCCUAACGGAUCACCAGCAGUCGCUCCUCUCGCACCUGUCCGGCUCGCGCUUCCGUCAAAUCAACGAAACACUCUACACCUCACCCAGCGCUGCUGCUCUCGCCAUGAUUCAGGCAGAGCCAAGUAAGCUGCAGGAGUACCACCAGGGCUUCCGAAAGCAAACAAAGUCUUGGCCGGAGAUUCCCGUCGAGAAGAUUGCGAAGAUCAUUAAGGAUCGGAAUGCGCCGCUCCUGGUUGUGGAUUUGGGCGCUGGCGAGGCCAUCUUGGCAAAAUUGCUUCGUGAGCCUCAGCCUUCAACGUCAAUAGGAAGCAAGGCAAAGAAAGGCAAGGGCGAGGACGUUCCAGCGGCAAUUCGAGUUCUGAGCUACGAUCUUCUGGACAGCGAGGACGGUUGGGUGAGAGGUGUCGAUGUCGCUCAGGCUGGAGGCCUUCCGUUGCCCGGCAUCGUCGGGGAAACCAACGGCGCGCGAGUGCGGCGUGCUUCGAGAAGCGAGUACCAGGAUCCAGCCAUCGCCGACAUUGCCGUCUUCUGUCUCAGUCUCAUGGGCACGAACUGGGUCGAGAUGAUCAUCGAGGCCCGCCGCGUCCUUUGCCCAGGAAAGGGUAGCCUCAUUGUCGCUGAGGUCGCCAGCCGUUUCACCAAUAUCGACGAAUUUGUCAAGCUUAUCGAGUUGCUCGGUUUCCAGCUCGUCUCGAAGGACGCCAAGAACACCCACUUCAGCUUGUUUGAGUUCCGGAAGUUGAGUGACAAGGAGCUCUCUUCUCAAAUAGGCGGCUUAGCCUCGAUCAAGGACGACGAAACAGAGCGCAGAGAGACCAAGAUGCUCAUUGAGAAGGGGCGAACUCUCUUAAAGCCAUGUCUGUACAAACGACGAUAGCCAAUUGCGACGAUUUGACGAAACAGGACGAAACAGGAUUGUGAGAACGAUGUGAGAACAAU